GCUUUCCCUGCCUUGCGGCGCCGUGCCUGUCCCAGCUGGGCUUGAUUAAGCUGCUCCAGCAUUCCAACACGUUUAAUGGCUUGUCGUUUCCAGCUCGGGGGCCUGGCAGAGCAGCAAGUUCUCUGCGCACAGUCAGCGCUCGCUCUUGGGAGGGAAAGGCAGAGCAGGAGAGAGGGCUGAGAGGAGGCCAGGGCCAGAAGAUGUCAGUGGUGCUCUGAGGAGAUCUGCUUCGUUCCCUCCGCCGCAAGGAUUCGAAAGCUCCCCCCCCCUCCGGAAUAAAUCUUCCCCGACCAUCGAGAAGUUGGAGCAACCGACUGCCAGGAACAGCUCUGUGGGACCGCCGGCGUGUCCUGCUGACGCGUGCAUCCUCUCGCUGCCUUCCCCACCCGGGACCUCCCGCUCCCCGAAUUGCAGACAUGGUCUCAAAGCUGGCUCCCCGUCUGAACUGCAUCUAACCCCACAAGCGCCUCGGUUCUUUGGCAGAGGCAGCAGUGUUGGUCCCUGACCCACCUGAGGGCACCAUGUUGGGAGCCUGGGUCUCUGCUCUCUGCCUAGCUGGCCUCCUUGGCACCUGUACAGGAGGGAAGCUCCUUGCAUCCAAAGCAGGCGAGCGAUGUCCACGUUUGCAGCAGGAGGGGCUGAAGCUAGACCAGGCCAGUGACAAGCAUGUAAAUAUAACGGGUUUUAAUCUUAUUAAGCGGUUUGCUCUUCUGAAGACCUCGUCUGUAAAGAAAAUCCGCAAUCCCAAAGGACCCCUGAUCCUCCGGCUGGGCAGCACGCCCCUGAUCCAACCCACGCAACAGGUGUUCCCCCACGGCUUGCCUGACGAGUUCACCCUGGUGUUCACUUUGCUCCUGAAGAAACAGAGCAGCAAGGAGAACUGGUACCUUUUCCAGGUCACCGACCGUCUGGGCUACCCCCAGCUCUCGCUGGGGGUCAACGGCCAAGAGCGGAGCCUGGAGUUCCAGGCCCGGGCCCAGGAGAAGGAGUUUGUGAGCAGCGUCUUCACCGGGAAGGGGGUUUCCUCCCUCUUUGACCAGAAGUGGCACAAGGUGGCCCUGAGCAUCCAGCGCCGGCUGGUGUCCAUCCACGUGGACUGCAGCUACAUCUCCUCCAAGCCCCUGGAGCCCCGGCGGGGCGUGGCGAGUGAGGGCAACACCUUCAUCGGCUUGGACGCCGUGCGCGGCGCGCCUGUCCCGUUUGACAUCCAGCAGGCCCACAUCUACUGUGACCCGGAGAUGGUGAUGCAGGAAGGCUGCUGCGAGAUCUCGGCUGGCGGGUGCCUUUCCGAAGCCUCUAAAACCCGGCGGCAGGCAGAGGGCACGCAGACCAGCAACCUGAUUGAGAUCAACCCACAGACGGAGGGCAAGGUGUACACCCGCUGCUUCUGCCUGGAGGAGACUCAGGAGGCGAAGGCAGCCGGGCAGGUCGGCGUGGAGGGCCAGCUAGGAGGAAAGAGCUACCAAGACCCACGCGGCCAGUCACGCAGGCCAGCCAAUGAGUGCCCACCCUGCCCCCAGAGAGCCCCGCACGCCAACGUCACGCUUGGUCCCCCUGGCCCCAAGGGGGGCAAAGGAGAACGCGGACUCCCUGGGACAUCCGGCUCGAAGGGGGAGCGAGGCGAGCGCGGUGCGGACUGCGUCCGGAGCUCCCCCGACGGCCCCUUGCAGUGCACAGAGGGGCCGAAGGGAGAGAAGGGGGAGCGAGGAGACCUGGGCCUAGCAGGAGCGACCGGUGCUGAUGGGCAGAAGGGGCAGAAAGGCGAGAAGGGAGAUGGAGGCGUCCAAGGGAAUCCCGGGAUGCCGGGGCGCGACGGCCGGCCUGGAGAGAUCUGUGUGGUGGGGCCGAAGGGACAGAAGGGUGAUCCAGGGCUCGUUGGACCCGAGGGGCUAGCCGGUGAGCCAGGCCCCCCGGGGUCACCAGGUCCUCCAGGGAUAGGACUUCCAGGGAAAACGGGUGACCCCGGUGGCCCUCCAGGUCCUAAAGGAGAAAAAGGUAACUCCGGAUCUCCUGGACCGGGAGGUUCAACCGGGAAGCCCGGCAAGCCAGGGGUCCCAGGCCUGAAGGGGGACAAGGGGGAUCCCUGCGAAGUUUGCCCCAGCAUCCCCGAGGGGAUGACCAAUGCUGUCGGCCUCCCGGGAAAGCCGGGACCCAAAGGAGAGCCCGGAGUGCCGGGGAAAGCGGGGCUCUCGGGCAUCCCAGGACACAAUGGUUUGCCAGGACUGCCUGGGCCAGCAGGAGAUGUGGGGCCGCUCGCUGUCGUAGCCGAGAGGAACAUCGAGGUGCUCAAGAACAUCUGCGGGGAUUGUGCCCAGGUGCAGACUGGCUCCCACACGCCCAGCGGAGUCAAAGGGGAGAAGGGCGAGCAGGGCAUGCCCGGUGCCCCCGGCAUAGACAACUGCGCACGGUGCUUCGCUCAGUUCCCGAGAGCGGAGGAGCCCCGGGGUGACCAAGCGGAAAGCGACGGUGACUGUGUUGGAGGGCCUGGGCUGCCGGGGAUGCCGGGCUUACCUGGAGAGAGGGGGGAACAGGGCCCACCAGGGAUGAGAGGAUCUCCAGGGCCCCCUGGACCGACUGGCCCUCCAGGUUUUCCUGGAACGCCUGGCGCACCCGGAUUGCCUGGUCUCCAGGGCGAGCGCGGACCACCUGGGCUCACCGGCGCAAAAGGGGAACUGGGCCCUCCCGGUCAACCCGGAUACCCUGGUGCAGUGGGCCCCCCCGGGCUGCACGGCAUCAAAGGAGAACGAGGCUACUUGGGACCCCCCGGAGAGAAAGGGGAAUCGGGCCCCCCUGGUUCCGAUGGCGUCCCAGGUCCUGCGGGGCCAGCGGGUCCGAGAGGAGAGCGCGGAACUCAGGGCAACUCUGGGGAGAAAGGAGAUCAGGGAUUUCAGGGGCAACCAGGCUUCCCAGGGCCAGCCGGCCCUCCUGGUUUCCCAGGGAAAGCCGGACCGACUGGGCCGCCAGGCCCCGCAGCCGAGAAGGGCAGUGAAGGGAUGCGCGGCCCUACAGGGAUGCCAGGGCCAAUGGGGCCCCCAGGGCCUCCUGGAAUACAGGGCCCAGUCGGCUUGGAAGGACUGGAUGGGAAGGACGGGAAGCCAGGGAUGCGGGGUGACCCGGGUCCUGCAGGGCCGCCAGGGAUGAUGGGGAUUCCGGGCUUCAAGGGGAAACCCGGCCACCCAGGUCUCCCAGGCCAGAAGGGUGACUGUGGCAAACCCGGCCCCCCCGGAAGCACGGGCCGGACAGGGGCAGAGGGGGAACCUGGUCCGAUGGGACCCCAAGGCAGACAGGGGCCUCCGGGCCAUUUAGGUCCCCCAGGAAGCCCAGGCCAGCCGGGCCCAGCCGGAAUCACAGGCAUGGGAUUGAAGGGCGAGAGGGGAUCUCCAGGGGAAAGAGGUCUCGCAGGGAUGCCCGGGCAACCCGGGCCCCCAGGCCACCCUGGACCACCCGGCGAGAUGGGCGCGGACGGAGCAGCAGGGAAAGAGGGCCCACCGGGGAAGCCUGGACUGUUAGGACCAGCUGGCCAGAAGGGUGAAGCUGGCCCUGCAGGGGAGAGAGGGCACCCUGGAGAGAAAGGGAGAGCUGGCAUGCCUGGAGGACCAGGGAAAAGUGGCUCCAUGGGCCCCGUGGGACCACGUGGCUCUCCGGGAGAGAGAGGCCACCCGGGCUCCCCAGGACCUGCUGGCAGCCCGGGGACGCCAGGACUCCCAGGCACAAUGGGAGACAUGGUGAAUUACGACGAAAUCAAGCGGCUCAUCCGGCAAGAGCUGAACAAAAUGUUUGACGAGAGGAUGGCGUACUAUGCCUCCAGGAUGCAGUUCCCGGUGGAGAUGGCUGCCUCCCCAGGACGACCAGGUCACCCUGGUAAAGAUGGAGCGCCAGGGCGGCCAGGGCCUCCUGGCUCCCCUGGGUUACCGGGACAGAUCGGGAGAGAAGGGCGGCAAGGUGUGCCGGGCAUGAGAGGUGAGCCCGGCGCCAAAGGAGAAAAGGGAGAGAAGGGCAUUGGCCUUGUGGGAGAAAGCGGCCCACCGGGGGCGCCCGGUCCCCAAGGGCCACCGGGAUAUGGCAAGCUGGGUCCGCCUGGGCCUAUGGGACAGCAAGGCAUCCCAGGCGUUCCUGGACCACCAGGAGCUACAGGGCAGCCUGGAAAGACCGGGCAUUGUAAUCCUUCCGAUUGCUUCAGCAUGAUGCCCCUUGAGCAGCCUAUGUAUGAGCCCAAAAGUAUGAAAGGACCCCUAGGCUGAGCGGAUCUGUAGGGCAUUUUCACAAAGGACUCCAUUGGGAAUGACCAAAACUCGGGCCUCGCGACUGGUCGUGAAUGAUUUUUUUAUUGCUGUUAAUAUUUUUUUCUUUCGAUUUCCAGUGGGGUUAAGUCUCUCAUGACUCUGUGUGCGUGUGUGUGUGUGUGUGUGCGCGCGCGUCUCUUGUGUUUGUAAAGGGAAUUGGACACUGCCAUCUGUGGUCAGCCAAAAUCCAUUUCAUGAUGGUGUCUUUGCUUAUCAUUGCCCUAGCCAAGCCUGCACCUUCCUGUGUCUUCUCUAGCUUCUUCUGUCGUUUUAAUUAAUUAUUAGUCUUUCAAUACCUGCUCAUCACCAGCACUUUGGGCACUGAGGCAGAAAAAGAGGGGAGGGCGAGGGAAGGAAGGGUAUUUUUCACUGUCACGCCUCCGAGUAGCCUCAGCUGUUACGGGGAGGGAACUUCAGGCAAGAUUCCAGAUCCCACCUCCAUCGUUUGUGAAAUGACAUAUCCCCGUUCACAUGACUGAGACAACUCUCCUUCUGCCCCCGUGUGCCUUUCGUUUGUGUUGCAGUGCAUGCUCUGCUGCUCUUUUCAUUUGUAAUGUGCCAGCAUCAUAUGUGCCGUCAGCCAUCUCCUUGUCCUGGUGCCAAUGUCGCUCUUGCGUUAGAGAGAGCUUCUGCACAAAGUCUUGGCCCUCAGCAUAGAAUCAUUCUAGGGAAAAAUAAGAGCAAGCAAGCUGGAUCACCGAGCCAUUUUUCAAGGCUUCUGUGCAUCUUCUCAUAGCCAUGAAGCGGAGCAAUCGUGCUGGCCUUUAACUUAAAGCCCAACAUUUUCGUUUGGUGGAAAAACAAGCGUCUAACCUAAAAAUCAUGACUGGGUUGCUAAGUGCUAGACCGGUUUCCAACUAUUAAAACACAACGUCUGAGCAGUCAGUUACCACUUUUCAGCUCAGUGUGCGAAAGGGAGGGCUGCUUUCCUCACUGAAGCAGGUUGAAUCUGGUGAGCAAACAAACAGAAAAUAAUAAAACAUUCCUGCCCAAA